AUGGCCCAGUGUCGAGUUCCGCCAUUCGCAGCCCGAUUUGAUCUCUUUGCCGCCGUCCCGGCCAUCCACGGCUUUGAUCCGGUGCCUUCUCCUUCAACACGGCUCCUCAUUGUCAUUGCAGCCGCAUUAAACACCUACUGUGUCUUCUUGUUCAUCUCACCCGACCUUUCGAGUAACAAUUUAUCAGGAGAAAUACCUGAUAAUAUAACAAGCAUCUCAAAAUUGGUCAUCAUGAAUUUAUCAAUGAAUCACCUCACUGGAGGAAUUCCUAAUAGAAUUGGGAAUUUACAAAUGUUGCAAUCACUUGAUCUCUCGAAGAAUGAGCUUUAUGGUCCUAUCCCUGAGAGCUUGUCAAAUUUGACCUUCUUAAGUUACUUGAAUUUGUCAUUCAACAACUUGUCUGGAAAAAUUCCAAUUGGGAAUCAACUUCAAACUCUUGAUGACUCUUCUAUUUACAGAGGUAACUCUUUACUCUGCGGACCUCCUCUUUCGACCAAGUGUUCCGAAGAUGAAACUAAUCCUAAAGUAACACCAAAUGGUGAUAACCGAAAGGAAAGGGCAGUUGAGUCAUUCUCGUUUUGGAUUAGCAUGGCAAUUGGGUUUAUUGUUGCAUUUUGGGGAGUUUGUGGUACACUGAUUAUCAAAACAUCAUGGAGACAAGCUUACUUUCGCAGCUUUGAUAAUUUGAAAGACAAGAUUGCGGUGUUCGUUAUGGUCAAAAAUGUUUGCUUACUAAGGAAGGUCGAGUCAGAGAGAAAUUGA